UAGAGCAGGCUGAGCGGCGGUCCCGGACCAUUCUUUCCCCAACUAUCUCAACAAACGCGUCGGUCGAUUCCUCCGAGUGAUUCCUGCCGAGGAGGAGGCGGCGGAGGCGCCGGGCGGACUUCCAGCGGACCACCGACAUGUCCGGGGGCCGAAGCCCGGCUUGGACCGACCGGACAGCUUAACCGACCGGCGAGUCAGCGCUCCUUGUGACGUAUCCGCAAAAUUAGGCCUCAUGGAGCUGGGGACACAACGACUGCUGUGCACCAGGGAACUCGAUCCAUGCCUUGUCCCUAGCAGGCACCCUUGAAGGGAGGGAACCACAAUUACCCCUCCCACUACCACCACCAAUCCUCACCCCCCCCACCCCAAUUGUCCGCGUGGUAACAUUCAUUCAUCUCCCAACCCCCCACCCAACCCUAUCUGGGCCUUUGCGAUGAUCGGCAAAUUGAAACAGAACCUGCUGGUGGCCUGCCUGGUCAUCAGCUCUGUCACGGUCUUCUAUCUGGGCCGCCAUGCCAUGGAGUGCCACCAUCGCAUAGAGGAGCGCAGCCAGCUGGGCGGGGCUUUUCCGCUAUCGGCGCUGGGGGGUAGCAUGCGGACGACCUUGCGGACGGGACAGAACCUUAGUACCCCUUUUGUAUACAACAAGGACAUGCCGCUCAUUUUCAUCGGUGGGGUUCCCCGCAGCGGGACCACACUCAUGCGGGCCAUGCUGGAUGCCCAUCCAGAGGUGCGCUGCGGUGAGGAGACUCGAGUCAUCCCUCGCAUCCUGGCCAUGAAGCAGAUGUGGAGCCGCUCAGGCCGGGAGAAAAUGCGCCUGGAUGAGGCCGGUGUGACAGACGAAGUGCUGGAUGCGGCCAUGCAGGCCUUCCUGCUGGAAGUCAUCGUCAAACAUGGCGAGCCAGCCAACUUCCUCUGCAACAAGGACCCCUUCGCGCUCAAGUCCCUUUCUUACCUGGCCAAGAUAUUUCCCCAUGCCAAGUUUGUACUCAUGAUUCGUGAUGGACGUGCCUCAGUACACUCCAUGAUUUCACGGAAAGUGACUAUUGCCGGCUUUGAUCUUGGCAGCUACCGGGACUGCCUGACCAAGUGGAAUCGGGCCAUAGAGACCAUGUACACUCAGUGCUUGGAGGCAGCUGAUAAGUGCCUGCCCAUGCACUACGAACAGCUGGUUCUUCAUCCUGAGAAGUGGAUGAGGACAGUAUUGAAAUUCCUUGACAUUCCUUGGAAUGAUGCGGUGCUCCACCAUGAGGAGCUCAUUGGUAAAGCUGGUGGAGUAUCCCUCUCAAAGGUAGAGAGGUCUACAGACCAGGUCAUCAAACCAGUCAAUGUGGAGGCCUUAUCCAAGUGGGUGGGCAAGAUCCCACAAGAUGUGCUGAGAGACAUGCCUGUCAUUGCACCGAUGCUGUCCCGACUGGGCUAUGACCCCCACGCCAACCCCCCUAACUAUGGCCGGCCAGACCCCAAGGUGUUGGACAAUACAAGAAGGGUCUUUAAAGGUGAAUUUCAGCUACCAGAUUUUCUAAGAGAACAAUCACAGCUCCAGAGGUCUCCAGAGAAGCCCAACCCCAGUUAGGACAGAGGGGAAGUGAGGCCGGAACAUACAGAUUAAUCUUGAUGAUGGACAGAGUUGAAACCCAAUGAGCCCGGAGGGCAUGAGCUGGUGCUGAAGACAACAGAAGGAUGGAUGGAUGCCUACACAACCGUUUUGCCACUUUUCUUUUUCCAGAUUUCGGCAGGUGUCCAGGGACGCACUUUCACACAACUGGAGAAUUUAAGUAAAUGUAAGCCUCCUCCGCGGGCCCAGACCACUCUCAAUCCACUGACAACCUUUGGCCUUUGUUGUACUGUAAAGAAAUGUUUGUCGAUUUCAUUUCAUUCUUGUCACAUCACGCUCAUUUGGAUUGUUAGAACUAGUUUUCUUGGCUGUGUAAAAAUGUGAUCCUGUUGUAAGAAACUGAAGUAUUUAUGGACGAAAGUUAGCUUUUUGAAGAUGCAAUAUCUAUUUUGAUGUUUGAUUUUAUUCAUGCUUUUGUAUUGUGCAAUUUCAUUGGUGCUGAUGUACAAGAUCAGUUUUGACUAUUGACAGCGAUAAACAAUGGCUUUUUUU